CUUCGCAGCUUCCGCCUUCUUUUCGUACUCACUUCAUCUCUACGCACUCUUUCACAUCCCCCACCCUUUGCCAGCAUGACCAUCUGCACUCGCCCCUCAUGUGGCGCUGACCAUCCCCCGAGCUCCUCAGCCUUUCUCACCUCGGAAUGCUCGCACCACCCUGGCGAGCCCGUAUUCCACGAAGGGCAGAAAUCCUGGUCGUGCUGCAAAGAGGUCAACAAGCCCGUCCUCGACUUUGAUGACUUUGUGCAAAUUGCAGGAUGCACGACUGUCAAGGGGCAUAGUGCUGAGAAGAGGACAAAGAAGGCGGAUGAGAAUGGGGACAAGGCGGCCGUGCAGGGGGAGGAGCCAAAGGUAGAUCAGAAUGGCAAGGAGGUCUACGGCAAUGGAGCGGCUGCUUCGUCUUCGAUGUCAGCGAGCUCAAGCAAGACUCCAGCAUCGAAGUCCGCUGCAGCAGCUCCAGCUCCACCCAAGCCAUCAGCUCCCCAGCCCUACGUCGAGCCUCGCGAUCCAGAAGGCGCGACCAUUCCGGUAGGAUCCAUCUGCAAGAGGCCAGGCUGCGGAGCCAAGUAUGACGAUACUACACCGAGAGAUCCGGCCAAGGAGCAAUGCAAGUAUCACAAGGGAGCGCCGCUCUUCCAUGAGGGAACCAAAGGCUACACAUGCUGUAAGCGUCGUGUCCUCGAGUUCAAUGAGUUCCUCAAGAUCGAGCCGUGCACCGCUGCAGAGAGCGGGCAUCUCUUCCUCCAACCGCCCAAGCCCUCUGCGCCCUCAUCUAGCGACUCAACAGCAUCCAACCUGGCAUCGGAGGACCCGCUCUUUACCUCCAACGGUCUUGCUAUCCUUCCCGGCGAGUCAGCAGUCGACGUACGAAUGGACCACUACGAGACGCGAGACUCUGUUCACCUCACUUUCUACUGCCGAGGACUUGAUGUCGAGAAAUCGCGCAUCGUCAUCCUUACCGACGAUUUGCUCCUCUCGCUCAGCAUGGGUUGUGGAACCAAGCGCCACUUGCUACAUUUGCGCUUGUACGGCAGCGUAGAGCCGGCGACAGAGACGGAGAUCGCCAAGGGUGGGGGUGAGGGGCAAGGAGGAUCUACAUGGACCGUCAGCCCUUCGAAGAUCAAGUUGGACGUGGUGCUCCAGAAGAGGGACAAGGGACGCAGUUGGCCUACACUGCAGAGAGGAGAGGGAGGUGGAGGGUAUGGGUUGACUUUUGGAACAAGAUGAGGAGCGAUUGAUCAGGUAUAGAUCACGCGCAAUAGAUGCGAUGCAAAACGAUG